CAGUUGGUGCUCAGUUCCCAGUUGACAAUCGAGCGAAGCGAAAUGCAAAAUCAGCUGAAGCGGAACAUUUUGUUUCUAGUACUAUGGAUGAUAGUGACCUUGACGAGGUGCGAAUCGCGUGAAGAUCCGCAUAUUCGAGUGAAACGCAUUGUGGGUGGCAAGCAAUCGAAGGCGCCUCCGGUCGAUGAUCCUGUGAUUUUCGCAAGACUCUUUAAUCGCGAUGCUCGUGUCGAGGGCUUUCGUAAUCCCAAUACGGGUAUAUACAGUUUCCUCGGAAUGCACUAUGCGGAACCUCCGCUGGGCCCUUUGAGAUACUCUCGACCGGUGUACAAAAGACUGGCUGGUGAUUUCAAUGCCACCAAACAUGGUCCACCUUGUAUUCAACCGCAUCCGCAGUUUCCUCAGCGAGUUAUUGGAGAUGAAAAUUGUUUGCUGUUGAAUAUCUACACUCCCCAAAUGCCGGAUGAAAGUACGGGUCUGCCGGUCUUCGUGUGGAUCCAUCCGGGUGGCUAUCGAUAUGGUUCGGCCGCCCAGUACGAUGCCACGCCCAUGGCCCAAAGGGGCGCCAUUGUGGUGGCCCCUCAAUAUCGUCUGGGAUCCCUGGGAAUCAUGGGCGAUGGCACCAAGCAGUUUGAUGGCAAUCUAGCCAUGUUCGAUUUGGCUGCCGCUCUCCGUUGGGUCACCGAUUAUAUCUCCUAUUUCGGAGGUAAUCCCAAACAGGUUCAGGCUAUAGGACAUGGAUCCGGAGCGGCCAGUGCCAUGUAUCUUUCCAUGUCCCAGACGGCCAAGAGUGCUGGGGAUGUUCAUGGAGUAGUGGCCAUGUCGGGCACAGCCCUAUCUCAAUAUGCGAUGGAUAAGGAACCCGUGCAGAGUGUCCAGGAGGUGGCCAAAAUCAAUGGCUGUCCCACUGGAAACGAACUGGAGAUCGUCAGCUGCAUGAGGGCGAAAAGUGCCGAAGAGAUCAUUAAAAACGAUGACAAAGUGCAAACAGAGCGUUUGGCUGGACGUGCUCUGGUCAAAGGACUGACUGGAAAUGUUGGUUUCCAACCUCACAUCGAAAGCGAGGACGAUGGCAGGGCAUUACCAAGCCUGAUAGUUGGAGAACCGGAACAACAGCUCAAGAGCAAUAACUUUUCGGGGAUUCCCCUGCUAACCGGAGUUACCAAACACGAGACAGCCAAUUCUGUAACGGUGGAAAACAUAGAGAAGGUCUUUGGAUCGGCGGAACAGUUCUUGGGAUCUCUAAGUGAUUCUCUGAACAAGCUAACAGGCUUCCUUAAAAUCGACAAGAUCACUGGUCAGAUAGCCAAACCGGAACUUCCAGGUCUAACGGGUCUUCUUACGCCCACUCUUCAGGAUGUUUGGAAGGUGCCUCAAGCCCUGAAUGUGGAUCAAGUACUCUCCAAAGUGGUGGAGUCCACAACGGAUGUUCUUUUCAAUCUGCCAGCGGUUCUAACCACCCAAGUUUGGUCUAAGCUGGCUCCAGCUUUUAUGUACAGCUUCGAGUAUAAUGGCACCAAGUCAAAGGGUAUCAACUUCCUAAAAGGACUACCUAUUGUCUCAGAAACGGCUCAUGAUAAACCCGAGACAGUGGGUCAUGGCGAUGAGAUCGGCUAUAUGUUCGAUGCAAAUGAUAUUUUUGGCAAUCCCUUGGAGGAAACACGUUUGACAAGUGCUGAGGACCUGAAAGUUCGUAAUAACCUUAUUGAUCUAUUGGUUAAGUUUGCCAAUAGAGACAAAGAGGACACCAAGAGUUCAUCACUUUUCCAGAGCGUUACGGGAAAAGCUACACCCUUUAUCAAGAUCGAUACAAAUCUGGAGACCUCUAAUGAUUUCCGCUUCUGUGAAUUGUCCGUUUUGGGAGCCUCACUAUCUCCUCUGACUUCCACCACCUGUGCGGGAUUGGGAAAUGUGCUGGGACAACUUGGAAGUGGAUUGGGCGAUACUCUGGGAGGCGUGGGCAACACCUUGGGGUUGGGAGGCCUUGGAGGAGGUGGAGGUAGAGGUGGUGGUGGUGGUAAUCGGGGCAGAAAGCCAGGAGGCGGUGGUCUUGGUUUAGGGAUUUUGUAGUAAUUGUUUUCGGAAAGCAAAGCUUGUCAAUAUUACUUUUUUAUUAUGAGAAAAAAUAAAUAAAUAAGAAAUUUAAUUUUUUAUUUAAAA